AUGACGAACAAUAGUCAGCAUGUCCACAGCAACAAUGGUGGCGGCAGCAGCAGUAGUAGUAGUAGCGGUGGCGGUGGUGGUGGAGGUGGUGGUCAUGGUUUGAUCAAAGCGUCAUCAGCAGCUGCAACAGCCACCUCCAUGGCGGCCGCCGCUGCUUCUAUAGCCGCCUCAGUGGCGUCAACCACAUCCUCGCCUGCGUCAGCAAGUCAUCUCGGUCAUCACCAUCAUCACACACAUCAUCAUCACCAUCAUCCGAAUGGUGGCCUGUUGGCCGCAGCGGGUUUGGGUGGCAUGGGUGGCCUCGGCAUACCGGUAAGCUGUGCAGGUUUACGUGGUGUGGCGAGUGGUCUCAGUGGCUUGACCACAGCUGGUGGAGUCGGUGUCGGCAUUGGCAGCGGUGGCAGUUCGAGUGGCAGCAACAGUAGCGGGCAUGCGGGUGUGCUGAGUUUGCCGCCAGGUCAUGUGCCAGAUAUUUGCCCUAUCUGUGGUAUAAAAAUUUCGGCAGAAGAAUGGAAUUCACACUUUUUGACCGAACUAGACCGACUCUACAAGCUGAGCUCGGGCAUGGAACGUACGAAUUUACAGGCAUCUUACAUGUUUGCGCCGCCUUGUCCGGCGCAAGAGAAUGCCAUACGCACCAGUCAUAAUCGGUGGGAGACUUUCCAAAGGAUACGCAAUAAUAGACAGAAUCGUUUAAGAAUAAAGGGUCGAAAACGAAAAUAUGGCAAUGAUUUGUACUUCAUGGAAAACUUGUUCUGCAAUUCCUGCCCGAUUUGUAAGCGAAAAUAUGCGAUCGAAGCUGGAAAGAUGCAACCUGAGGAGGACACCAAAAUGCAAGAAGAAAUCGAAACGGUCGAUGUUGAAAGUUGCAAUGACGAUGUACCCGAUUCUGGUUCCGAGCUGACGUCACACUCCCAACUCAGUGUGAAUAGCUUCCAUCAGCACCAGAACAGCAUUGGCAAUCAGACUCUGGGCAGCAAUAUGCACAGCAGUAAUAGUCAACCGGGAAAAUUAGAUGGCAUCUUAUAUCGAACGGCUUGUGUUAUGAAUAAAGAUGCUGGGAAUAGUGAAGAUGAUUUGAAUGCAACCAGUACUAGCGGCGGGGGUGGUGGCGCUGGCGGCAUGACACAAAAUUGGAAUCACGCGCAACACAACACAGCUGCCACGAUAACAGCGCAACAACAAGGACAUAUCAGUGUGAAAAAUGUCAGCGAACUGUCAUCGACAACCCCUCACUUCUACAACGCGGACUCGUGUGGCGCUGUUGAUGAGCGCUCCAGUGGCGGUGGUGGUGGCAGCGGCAAUUGUAACGGCAAGGAUGUUUCAAUGGAAACAUGCAAUGCCAACGACAGCGACGAGGAUGUCAUUGUAGACGACGAUGAUUCUAUUAAAAUGACGAAUCUGUGCAGCAAUAAAAAACGAAAGUAUGACGAGAAGGUGGUUAGUAGCAGUAAUAAAAAGGGACAUAGGCGGUUAUUUAAAAGCUACACAAAAGAUUCGAGUCAUUUAAAAUAA